ACUUGAAUGUUUGGAUGAGUACAUUUUUGAAAGGUGUGUUGAAUGUUGUUGUGCAAUAAUGUUUUUGGGAGUAAUAAAGUAGUACUAUGAACUACUCCCGUGCGAUAUGCGAUAAAACACAAGAAAAACCACCUGUCGUAGUCCUCUGAUGUUUUACGACGGAAAUUUGUAUAACGGAACGAAUUCAGAAAAAAGGCCAAUGACGGCGCCCCAAGAAAACUGGUGCAUUCUCUGAAUCCCUUUUGUCCCGCACGCUUAAUACUCGUCAUGUUGUCGUGCUCUGCUGCUGCUGCGCUUCCUGGAGCGCGAUCGGCUGCUACGACGAGGUGGGUUAUCGUAGUCGUUCCUCGAGCUGGGUUUUCUCGAGCUAGACUUUCUUCGAGAACUGCUCUUGGAACGAGCCUUGCGGGAUUUGUCAUCCUUGCUGGAUCGGAAGAGACCGUCUUCAUCCUUGCGACGAGACGAAGUACGACGGGAACUGGAACGACGGGAUCUGCCAUUAGUACCUCUAUCAUCAUCCAACAACCGUCGACUUUUGGAACUUCUUGACUCACGGUAUCGAGAACGACGCGCGACAGCGAAUGCCAGGAAUGUUGCAACGAAAACGAUGAAACUGAAGGUAACAAAGACGUUUGCCAACAUGCGAGUAAGUUUUGACUCUUUUGCCAUCGUACCGCCCGAUGCCGAUUCGACCUCGACCGAGCUGUAGAAUGAUUCAAGUGGCUCUCCAUACAUCUUGUUUCCAACUGUGAUACUAAGGAUGGUUCCCUGAGCAUGUCCCAAAGCGAUACAAUCAGCUUCGCAGGUGAAAGAGUCGUGGGAAUAAAACUUCCAACAUUGAUUGAUCAGAUCAUCGUCGUCCAUACCAUCGUCACCGAUUACAUAUCCAUCUUGGUACGUAGGAUAGUCAAUGCAGCUUGUACAGUACAUGUAUUGCUCAUAAACUUCGUUGAGUUGCGUUAAGGUGUAUUCUUGGGUGUCAUACCACCAGUCAUACGCCCAACUGUACGAGUCGUCAUCAGUAGCAUCUUUACUUCCUAGAUCAAUGUCUUGCUGAUUACCGAAAUCGUCGUAAGUCAUUCCGCUCGAUUCAUCUAGAAUAAGACACUGAGCAUCGGUGUAAAGUCCCAUUUGAUAUCCACCGAGAGGUUGUGGAGCAACACCGGCGUAGAGAACGUUUCCACUGCUGUCAUUUCCGACGUAAAAACAAUCGUAAUCGGUCAUGUAGGCCAAACCCGCUAGUGCUACAACGUAUUCGUACUCGUCGAUUGCCCACAAGUGCUUGGAGAUUUGUUCUAUGAACUGAUAAAAUUCUUGUCGGUAAACUCCCAACAAGACCCAUUCUGUGUCGGGUUUGUGGCAAUCUAGUACCCCGACUGGCUCAUCACCAAAAUAUUCAUCAUACCCAUAUCCUUGAUAGUUUGGAUCAACGUACUGCGCACAAGAGGGGUAGUAAGGUAGUAGAAGGACGAACGUCAGAGGUCAUUUCAAUUUCAACGCUUUGAGUAUGACUGUAGGUUACAAUCUGGUUUGUCUGUGAUCGUUCUAGCCUCUGUAUUGUCCAGGAUAUUCAGUUAUCGAUCUGCACUUACCGAGGCCCACAUCAUCCAUCGGGAGCAGGCUUGAUCGUCACCAUCUCCACUUCCUCCUCCGCCGUCACCACUGCCUUCGCUUUUUUGGUGAUCGCAAUCGAUAAAUCCACCGAGCAUUCGGUAUGCUUGUUGCCACAUAUCAUAAUCAUCACCUGGAUUGGCGUAUUCAACCAUGUUGCCACUGCUCGUCCCAGAACCACCCCAAAGUUUCCGAAAUUCGUUUGGGUGAUCUUGCGAGAUUUUGUUAAUUUCUUCCGGAGACAGCUUUUCCAAAUUGGAUGUCUCGGGGCGGACCUUCUUCAUUGCAUUCGCAACUUUGGCCCGGCGUUGUCGGUUUCGUUCCCGGCGAGCCAAUCGUUCCACUUCCCGUUCUUCCGGGGUUGGUGCGUUUGGAUCUGGACCAUGUGGUAUCUGGAAAUUCUUAUCAGUUUUUGUCGCGUCGUUUUCCGAUUCGCUCUGAGCCCUCGCUAAUGGUUUGAACAUAUUUUCAAUUGGAUUGAAUUUGCUCCUGGAUCCAGGUGCAGCUCCGGCACUCUCGGAGCCGACCAUGUUCGCCAGAAGCAGGGACCCAAAGAUCAAAAUGUUUUUCAUCGUUCGAACACUUCUAGAUAAAAUGAUAGGAAUGUC